UUCUUUCCUUUAUUUACAUGUAUCUAAAUAUAGCGUUAAUGUUUUUAUUUUUUCUUUCCCUCUGUUUCUGUCAUCAUGCUCUUGUCAAUUGAUCGCAUUUGCAAUUUCCUUUCAGUCUCUUCAGUUCAAACAACUUGACCCAAUUACGCUAUUCUAUUAACUAACAAGACAAGCCAACAAAAUGGAGCAAAGCUCGUCUUUCACACUAGGACAACGAGUCCACUCAUCCACCGAUCCGCGCCGAGUGGGUACGGUCAAGUACGUAGGCGACGUGGAAGGGCACUUAGGCACGUGGGUCGGGGUCGACUGGGACCGUGAAGGAGAUGGCAAACAUGAUGGCUCCAUCAAUGGCGUUCGAUACUUCCAAGCUCGAUUCCAAAACUCAGCUUCAUUCGUGAGAGCCCAUAACCUCAGCCCAGGCAUUUCGCUCCUUGAAGCUCUUAAGCUCAGAUAUCAAUCCCACUCCACCAAACAAGAUGAGGAUGAAAUGUAUGUGCUUUCGGCCAGCAACAAGCGUGUAUCUGUUCAACUAUUGGGUAAAGAUAAGAUCCAAGAUAAGCUAAGUCGAUUUGAAGAGCUGAAAAGUGCUUCAAUAUCCUAUUUGGGUGUCACCACUCCUGGAGGUCCGGAUGAAAUUCGUGCUGCUGUGCCAAAUUUAAUGGAGCUUGACUUGACAGGAAAUUUGAUUUUGGAUUGGAAGGAUGUUGGCACCAUAUGUGAACAGUUACCGCAUCUUGUAGCACUCAAUUUGUCUAAUAAUUUAAUGAUACAGAACAUCACUGGGUUGCCCCUACUAAAAGGCAUCCGUGUUUUAGUUUUGAACAAUACAGGCAUAAACUGGUCACAGGUUGAAAUCCUUGAACAUUCAUUACCAGUGAUUGAGGAGUUACACCUGAUGGGGAAUAACAUAAGCACCAUAAAGCCAACAUCUUCCUCCAAUGUUCGGGGAUUUGAUUCUUUACAGCUUCUGAAUUUGGAAGACAAUUGCUUAGCUGAAUGGAAUGAAAUCUUGAAACUUUCUCAACUGAAAAGUUUGGAGCAGCUUUAUUUGAACAAGAACAAGUUCACCUGCAUCUUUUACCCAGAUAAGAAUAUGAUACAAGAAUUGCUCAAUCAUGAGUCAAGUGAGGAAAGCUGCUUGCCAUUUCAAAAUCUGCGAUGCCUUCUUCUUGGAAGUAACAAAAUUAGCGAUCUGGCUUCAAUUGACUCACUGAACUCAUUCCCGAAAUUGAUUGACAUCAGGCUUUCUGAUAACCCGAUAGCCGAUCCUGGAAGAGGUGGUCUCCCGAGAUUUGUUUUAAUUGCACGAUUAGCAAAAGUUGAAAUGCUAAAUGGUAGUGAGAUAAGUGCUCGUGAAAGAAAGGAGUCAGAAAUACGGUAUGUACGCUUAGUAAUGUCAAAGUUGCUUGAUAAUCCAGAAGAGAUAAAACAGCUUCAUCCCCGGUUUGUUGAGUUGAAGAAUUUUUAUGGGAUUGAGGAUGAAAGGCCAUUGGUAGGAGCAGCAGGCCCUCAGAAGAUGGCCUCAGGACUCUUGUCUAUCACUCUGAAAUGUGUGGCCCUAUCAGUUGGUGAGAAGCUUCCAUUGACAAAGAAAUUGCCAGCCACUACCACAGUUGGCAAGUUGAAAGCCCUUUGUGAAAGUUUUUUUAAACUAAAGUCCCUGAAGCUGAAAUUGUUUCUUCAAGAAGAGGGCUCUCCUCUACCAAUGUUGCUCGAUGAUGAAAUGGCAUCUUUAAUGGACAUUGGGAUUGGCAACGAGUCCACUAUUCUUGUGGAUGAAGAGAGUUAACAAACAAUUUGAUAGAGUUAACUAACUGAGUUUUGUUGUUCCAUGCUUCAAAAUGUUUACGGAUGUGAGAAUGCAAGGAGUUCUACAUCAUACAUGCUGAGCCUGAGAUGAGGCAUGUUUUAGACUUUCCGGAACCAAGAAAGAUACAAAAAUGAUUGGUUUGAUUUGUCGUUGAAAUGGCUGUCACCCUUCCAAAAUUACUUUCGAAGGAGACCAGCAGAAAUGCACCUUAUAAGACUUUUGUAGUAUACAUGGUAGCUAGGGAAGAGUAUUGGGACCUUUGUGUGAAGUUUUGGCUUGGCAUAACAUCUUUUCUUAAUGGUAGGUGCAUUUGGUGAAUUUGGCUUUUACUUUGCUUGAUGCACAAAAUGUACAAUAUUCUAUGUUUUGAUGACUCAUGAUCAAAGGAGCAUAUAAUAAUUUGUUCUUGUUGACCUGAAUCAACAAGUUCAUGUCAACGCUUGGACUGUGAGUAAGGUUUGGAUGAGAGUAUAUAUAUAAUAUAUACGUAAGUAAACAUUGUAAAUAUAAUAUUGAACCAAGUAAAUCUCUUUAGAGAUAUAGUCAACUAACAUAUAAACGGCUAAUUGUUUUUUGGAUCAGGUUGCAGGACAUUGAAGUUGACACUCGGAGUAUAUAGGUUUAAAGGAAUUUAUGUAUAUAAUGGUUUUUUUAAACCAAGGGUAGGAAAGUUUAAAAGUAAAUUAGAAAUUAAAAAAAAAAAAGAAGAAAAAAACAGAUAAACCAAUGGAUCAGCCUGUAGUUGGAGAAAUUCUGAAGUUGGAGCAAAUCUAUCAUGUGAGUUGAAUGAAACUGGUGGAAUUUUUAGUAAGAUUUGAAUGGUAAAACAUCAAUGUUACUCUGAUGGUCUCUGACAUAAGUAGUAAGCAUCCUCUAAUCCAUCUUGUAUGUGCCAAGGAUUUCUCUCUCAUACCCCUAUCGAAAUCCAUGGUUCCUCUUAUGUAUGAG